GCCAAGAACUACCUCUCCUUGGGGCUACACGAUGAGGUGGAGGAGUCAGACGACGUGCCCUUCUCCGGCAUGAAGCUGAAGCCUUACUUUCAUCUCAAGAAGUCGGAGGUCUUGGAUCAGGUGAAGAAGAUGGGCUUCGCCUCGGAUUAUCAUCCGCAGCAGAAGGACUUUGAGAAGUAUCCCUUAGAGGACAUCCUUCUGCUCUUCGACCCCUCCCGGGCCUACGGCGAGAAGAUCGUGUGGUGCACAACGGAGGCCUCCUACAACCAUCAGAUGGAGCGGCUGAACGGGAUCAGACAGGCCGUGCUAGAUGAGUUCGAGAAGGAGAAUAGCCCAGAGGCGGCCGCUGGUGAAGAGGCUGCCGUUCAGGAUGAGCCGGACGUGAACGUUGUGGUGCGAGACGUGCCAAAGGAGUGCUUCGAGUGGAAGUCGGAGACAGCAGAAAACACCCACGAGGAGGUUCGAGCGUUCACAGUGCAGAACAGCCGGCCCUUGCUGCAGAUGAUGAUCACAAGGGCCCGGGGCCAGUUCGGCAAGUCCACGAAGUUCAGCGAUUCGGGUGAAAAUAACCAGAACUGCAGACCGCAGAAGGACCACAACUUUGCGCCGCCCAAGCGGGAGCUUGAGAUGGGGAUCCAGGCUGUGAAGGAGACGAGAACCACCUCGUGUCAGACGACUUGGUUCCGUCCAGUGAACAAGUCAACGCAGUACACGCCCAGCGACUUUCUCCAGCGCGGGGCGGAUUUGGGCUAUGCCAAGGUGGACGAGCUGUCCGCCUUCCUGUCCAACGUCAGCGUGGGCGUAGAGGAGGCGCUGCAGACCAACGAGACGGUAGACAUCUUCCAAGAAGAGUUCUCGCACCUGGGGGAGGAGGAGGCGGGAGCCAUCACCAAGACCCACUCCAAGCUGAAGGAGCACCCGAACUUCCACGAUGUCACCUACACCAAGGGCAAGCGCAUCGAGUGGGUGGAGUGGGUGCCCAACUCCUCGGAGAUGGUGGUCUCGUCCUGCUGCGAGAACCAGCCCUUCACCGACCGGCUGGAGAACUCCGGCAAGGCCUCGGUGAGCACGGUGCUGGUGUGGUCCUUUGCGGAUUCCCUGUCGCCCCAUGCCAUCCUGGAGUCGCCCUGGGAGGUCACGGUGUUUAAAUUCUACCCCAGUGAUCCGACUUACCUCAUCGGCGGCCUUGCCAAUGGCCAGGUGGCCGUGUGGAAACUCUCGACCACCGACCUAGGCUUCGCCACCAAAUCCCAGAACUCCAGGCCUGGCAUGGAGGAGGAGAAGCACUCGACGAUCCCCACAGUGGUGCAUCGUCAGAUCUCCAUGAUCGAUGAGUCCCACCGCAAAGCCGUUGUGGCCAUCGAGUUCAUGCCUGCCACGCUCGAGAUCGAGCGACGGGGCCGGGGUGCCAGCGAGAAGAACCCGGCGGAUGCGCCCAUGAAGUACUUCUUGACCGUUGCUGGGGAUGGCCAGGUUAUGAUCUGGGACUUCCAGGCCAUGUUGGACGCCAUCAACGACAACGACUUCCUGUGGCGCCCCGUGCACCGGGUGCAACUGCAGCGCCAGGACAGUGGCACUGAGAUGGGCCUUUGCCACAUCCUGCACUGCCACGAUCGCUUUGAUGACAAAGGCACAAAGUUGCUGACCAACUUCUACGCCACCACGGAAGAGGGCGAGCUGAUCCUCGGGGAUUGGGCCGCUCGCGGGGAGGAGGACAGGAAGGCUGAUGUCGUCAAGAAGAUGUACAGCAGCUGCAAAACCUUCCGCCCCAUGCAGUCCUUAGAGCGCUCGCCCUUCUUCCCUGACAUCCUCUUGGGUGUCACCGACUGGGCAUUUUAUCUCUUCAAGGAUGGGCUCUCCGAGCACCUCUUUAUGUCUUCCUACACCUCCACUUACUACACCCGAGGCGUGUGGAGUCCCACGCGGCCCUCGGUGAUCUUCCUGGGGCUUGUCAGCGGGGGGAUCGACAUCUGGGACUUUAGCGAUCAGUCCCACAAGGCAUCCCUGUCCGACACUGGCGCCUCAGUUGCUAUCACCUCGAUGAUGUUCUGCUACCAUGGCGACAUCAAAGAGGGCCAGAAGCUGGCGGUGGGGGAUGCGCAGGGCCACUUGCACAUCCAGAACAUCCCCAAGAACUUGAUCAAGCCUGGCGGGAGAGAGAAAGAGAACAUGAGGAAGUUCCUAGACCGCGAGGAGAAGCGUGUCAGAUACUUCCAGGAGCGGCAGCAGGAGCUUAGGGAGCUCAAGGAGCAGAUGGAGAAGGCGGCCAUGGCGCAGGACGAGACGGCCAAGGACAAGACAGAGGAUCUUGACAAGGAGGAUGCAAUUGCCGAAGCCUCGUACCAGAAGCUGGAGGCCGAGGUGAAGGAGCAGCUGUGACUCGCGUGGUCGGAAUGGCCAUAUUCCAAGGCCCAGCUGCUUCGCUGCGGAUCUGCCGCUCACUUAUUGCAACUCCAGCCUAGCGGCUGCCGAGCUCGCGGCGGAA